CGCAAGCAAUUUCAUACGCCAGCAGCUGUUUUCCGGGAAUUUAAUUCAAGCGUGGCAAAAUAAUAAAAAUUAAUGCGUAUAAAUAUAGUAGAUUAUUAAUAAUUAAAUUCCAUCCAGUGUAUUGUGAAAUGACAACUUUUAUAAAAACGUCAGUUUAUCAACGAGGAAAUCAAAGAGAUGCAUCUCCACAUUAUGUAUUUUUAUAUUCCGACGAUGAAUGUAGUGAUGAUGAGGAAAAUAUUCUAUUAGAAAAUCGAAAUCAUUCACAUGCACCACGUAAAGUGGAAGUUAUAAAAGUUGAAAUACAAUCUGAAGAUACUUUACAAGCCCUUGCAUUAAGAUACGGAUGUACUAUAUCGGAAAUAAAACGAGUGAACAAUAUUCAUAAGGAAAAUGAAAUAUUUGCUCGUCAAGUGAUAAAAGUGCCAGUUCAACCAUUUUCUUUUUUAACAGAAAAUAUUAAUAAUAUACAAAACAAUGAUAGCAAUAAUAUUAUUGAAACAGAAAAAUCAUCAACAUUAAAGGAGGAACAAAUUUUAAAUUUAAUAACAACACCUAUGAAAGUUGUAAAAAAUUCUGAAAUUAAUAAUAUUAUAUUAAAUUCAAUUAUUGAACCAAUUAGUCAAACUGAUAUAAAUGAAGAAAGCACUAAUAGCAAUUCAACUUUAUUAAAUUCUUCUGAACGUGAAAUUAAUCAUGAUAAUAAUUUGAAUAGAACUUUUUUCUCAUGUUCAGGCGCCGAUUGGGGUUUAACAUGGUUUCACGUUAUUGGAAUUUCCCUUCUUAUUUGGAUUGGAGUUCCAAUUUAUAUAUUUUAUAUAAUGAAACAUCAUACUAUAGAAAAUACACCUAAAGCCAAUAAGUCUUAACAUCGAUGAUAAUAAUAAUAAUAAUAAUAAUUAAUCUCGGUAGUAAUUUGGUCUCGAUUUGCAUUGAUAUUUUUUUUUUGGAGCAAAUUUAUUAAAUGUUAUUUACAUUUAACAUAUAGAAAUUAAUUUAUUCGAAUUUUUGUCUAUUUAACUUAUUUAAAUAGCAAUUUCAGAUAAAAUUUCGUGCAAAUGAUAUUUUAUCAUUUUUUUAAAAAGUUGACAUCGAUUUAUUUUUCAUUAGUUAAAUUUUAGCCUCGUUGACUUUUUUAAAUAAUAAAGAUAGUGGAAGAUUUAUUAAGAGUAACUUUAAGCUCAAUUUUUUCCAUUGAGGAAAAAAAGAAAAAAUGAUAUUAAUAAAUUUAAUCUGCGUGCCUUUAAGUGCCUGAAUUUAAAGUAAUUCGACAGUUUUUAUUGUUCUUGUUUUUCUUUACGCAAAGUUAAUGAAUUAAAUUAUUUUAAAUUACUUGAUGUUUUUAUGUUAUAUAAAUUUUUUUUUUUUAUAUUAAUAUUAAUUCCAUAAAACUAGUUACUCUAUUUUAAAUAUUAACCAAUAAUGUUUAAAUAUUAAUUAAUAUUUAAAAUUUUGUACCGCAUUUAAAUAAUAAUUCGUUAAUUUUAUUGUUAUAGCAAAACAAUUUUGUUUAAAACAAAGAAAUGCCUUUAGAAACAUAAAGUGCUUCCAUUAAUUAAGAUUUAAUGCAAUGUUUAUUAUUUUUUUAAUAGAUAAUUGUUAUUCUUUUUUUUUUAUAGAAAUUAAGAAACGUUUAUAACGAAUAUU